AUGAAUCAAAUUCUAGAAGAGCGGAACAAGGAAGAGGUUCAAACUCAUUCUAACAUUCUCAUGGAUGCCAAUAUAGAGUAUGAUGAUUCCGAAGAAGACGAAUACUUAAAUGUUGAUAAUGAUGGUGUAACUAGCUCAACUCUUGAUCGUGAUAAUGAUCAUUCACCUAUUAAAAAGGAAGAAGUUGAGCCUAGAAACACUAAAGUUAUUAAUGGUAAGACUUAUGUUGUAUUUGAGAACGAUGAUGAUUAUGACUUCUUUGUGAAUAACACCCCUAAUUCAGAGAUUGUAAAUACUUUGAAUGAGAAGUCAACUUCUGAUAAAGACCGUAAGGAUUACGAUGACUUACUUGGAGCAGAUUUCGAUUCUGAUGACGAAGAUUUGCAAGUUAUAGAUACAGAAGAAACUGAUGAAGAACGGUUGAAUGAGAAUGAUGAUACUUGUGAUGUGGGAACAUAA